AUAUGAAAAGGUGGCAAAAAACGACGAUGAGUCAAAGUGACGAUUUACGUAAAAUGGAACGCGACGUGCUGUCAAUUUCAAACUGACAUUCAAGUGAUUCUACCAACUUGUCAACCUGAUUGUGAAAAUAACAAAACAGGAGCAGUAUUUGCAAAUAACUAAUACGAAACUUAUAAAUACACUAUUAAUACGAAAGCAAAAUAUACCAAAAAUGGUACGAAGACAGCGUGAACAGAGCACCACAGAGGAUGAAAUAGUAAUUGACACGCCACCGCUGAAAAAACAUAAAAGGCACAAGCACAAAAAGCAUAAGAAGAGAAAAAUAGAAAAUGAGUACGAUAGCGAGUCGUCGAUCGACGUAUCGUACGAGGACGCGGUCGACAAGUCUUACAAGAUGAAGGUGAAGGGCAGAGACGUGCCGGGGACCUCAGCUGCGGACUUACUGAAAGCACAAACCAUGAAGUCGUCUUCUGACUCGCGGAGGUCCAUACCUGGGUCUUCGUCGAGUACGCCGCCAAAGGCUCCGUCAUCCAAGAAAAAGAAGAAAGGCAGGGACAGUGGGACGUCGAGCGAAGAGGAAAGAUGGCUGGAUGCUAUAAAAUCAGGAAAACUGGAAGAGGUGGACGAAGAACUAAAGAAAAUAAAACCAAAAGAUCCUAAGAUGAUGACAGCUAGACAAAGAGCCAUGUAUGAACGAGGUACCGACAAGGAGACCAGCCCUGGAGGCGAAGUACUCUUGGCCUUACCAUCAGGAUACAAAGAGAAAGUUAUGACAGAGGAAGCCAUACAGAAAGCUGCUCUCAAGUCACAGAAACGCAAGCAAUUGGCUGAUGAGAAAAGGGAAAAAGAUAAAAAGAAAACUAUGGACAGACUUCUAAAGAAACAAGAAUCUAAAAAUUUAAAGUACAUGUCUAAAGGGAAACCCACAAAGAAACUUGAGCCUAUGAUUGUUUAUAAGAACAGUAACAAAGAAAUCUCACUAUCCUUGCCUCCAGGAGUGCCUUUUCCACUGGAGACAAAGGCCCCCAUUGAUCCACCCAAGCCAGUUAAGUGUGGAGCUAACGGAUGUGACAAUUUGAAAAAAUAUAACUGUUCCAAAACUGGGAUACCUUUAUGUAGCUUGGAGUGUUAUAAAACAAAUUUAAUAGCAACACAAUAAAGUAUUUUAAAGUCUGA